AUGAGUUGCAGAAAUCUGUUGAUGGAUCAGAGGAUGAUGGGGGUAGAAAAUGAUGAAAAGGUGGGAAUUGAUCCUAUGGCAAUCUCCUCCAUUGCCCUCCCCAUCCUCCCUAAACUCCUCUCCGCCAUCCGCCUCUGCCGCCUCUCCUCCAUCCGCCUCUGCCGCCUCUCCUCCAUCCCCGUCCUCUUCAUCCGCCACUCCCACAAGUCCCCCUCCGACCACGGCAUGGUCUCCGAGUGGCUCGAGAUGGGGAUCAAGGAGGUGAUCGUCGUCACCGGGGUCAUGACCAACCUGUGCUGCGAGACCACCGCCAGUGACGCCUUCGUCAGGGGCUUCAGGGUCUUCUUCUCGACAGACGCCACAGCCACGUGCAAUGAGGAGCUGCAAACAGUCAAACACACAGAGACGCACACAAACACUUUUUACCCGGGAUCGGAAGAAAGCACAGGCAGGGCCUACUGCUACUAGUAGCUGGAGGAGGAGUAGUAGUAGAAUUCUGUAUAUGUGAAUGAACAGAGCUUUGCUGCCUUUUUGUCUUCCUCCAUGGAAUUGUGAAGCUGUAUGUAUGUAUGUAUGUAUGUAUGUAAUGUAUUGCGCUUUCUCCGUUGGUGGAAUAUUAAUAACACAUUCAAAUU